UGUGACGUCAUUUUUCAUUUGACAUUGUGCUGAAUUGGCAAACAGACAAGGAGAAGCAAACAAACAUUUAAUAAUUAUACAGUACACAAACCUUAACCACUGUUCUUCGAUUGAUCCAAGAAAUUAUGUCUACUACUGAUUCUAUCUGUUGAAGAGAUGUCUCAAGAGAAUCGUGUGACUCUUCGUUCCAGUAACUCCACCCCAAUCAAUGCUGAUGGGAUUUUCAUUGCCUCUUACACCCUUGGGAUAAUCUAUGCCGUGAUUGCCAGGGGCACAACUGUAUUGACCCAUUAUGCCUGUUGCCAUGGGAACUUUAGUGAGGUGGCGCAGCAGGUGCUGAAGACCAUACGCUCAGAUCAGGACAGCAUGAUGACAUAUGCCUCUGGAGACUAUAUGUAUCAUUAUGUCUCUGAGGGAGGAGUUGUUUACAUGUGUAUCACUGACGAUGAGUUUGAGCGCUCCAAGGCAUUCUUGUUCUUGAACAUCGUCAAGGAGAGGUUUCUAGAGGCUUAUUCUGAUACAAUACAGAAUGCACUUCCAUUUGCAAUGAACACUGAAUUUGCUAGAGAACUGUCUCAACAAAUGAAACUUCACACUGAGGAGACAGCAUUUAAUCUCCAACAACCAGCCGACAAUGAGAUUGUGCUUGAGAACAUUGGAAUGAGAGAUUUAGAUUUACUUGAAGAUGGGCAGUUGGAACAGCUAGAGCUAUUACGAUCUGACAGUAUUAGUGUGAAGAGUUUUGAGGCAUUAAUCAGCCCCAGAAGUAGGGAGAGAUGCUGUCAGUGUCUUAGGAGAAACUGGAAAAUAAUUGUUGUGGUGUGCGUGAUAAUUGUUGCGCUCAUUGUAUUGAGUGUCUCUGUGUAUGUGGGAGUGUCUUUCUAAAAAGGAGACGGAGAAAAGUGAUGUGUUGAUGUGUGUAUGUAUAUCUCUUUGCUAGUAUGUGUUACGUAUGUGUUUGUGUUACUAUUGUUAAGCACCUCACAUUUUCAUUAUGUUUUGUUGUAGCAAAUACAAAUUUUUUAAUUCA